CACGAUUAUUGAAACCAUGGAUUUCAGUCUGCAAGCCAUUGUAGCAGCUUUGGCUACCUCUUUUCUACUACUCACCUUUCUCUACAACCUCUUAUGUCACAAAGGGACGUCGUCUAGCCAAGAACCACCGGAAGCAGGCGGCGCAUGGCCAAUAAUCGGCCAUCUCCACCUCCUCUCUGCCGCUCGACCCACCUUCAAAAUCUUGAGCGACAUGGCGGACAAAUACGGGCCUAUAUUCCGACUAAGGCUCUGCGCCCAACAAGUCUUGGUGGUGAGCGACUCGCGAAUCGCCAAACAAUGCUUUACCACCAAUGAUAGAGCCUUGGCUGGGCGGCCCAAGGCCAUAGCUUCGGAGAUCAUGGGAUACAACUACGCCAUUGUUGGGCUACGUCCCUAUGGUCACUACUGGCGCUAUGUCCGCAAGGUUAUAAUGCUCCAGUUGCUGUCCACCCCCCGUCUCGAGGUGUUCGGGCGGGUUUUGGAAUCGGGAGUAAGAUCAUUCACCCAAGACAUCUACAAAAGCUGGUUAAAGGACAGGAAUAAGAAUGGAUCCGAGGAUGUAAAGGUGGACAUGAAGGAGUGGUCCGCGAAACUAAUCAUGGACGUCACGAUGCAGAUGCUUUUUGGGCAGCGGUACGAGGAAGAAGGGAGCCGGACAGUAGUUGUGACAGUGAGGAGAUUCUUUGAAUUGAUGGGGGUGACUCUUGUGGGGGAUUACCUGCCAUGGCUAAGAUGGUUGGACAUAGGAGGACAUGAGAAGGCCAUGAAGGAGACAGCUAAAGAGAUGGACACCAUAAUGGAAAGUUGGCUACAAGACCACAAAACAAAAAGAAAUACCAAAUCUAAAGAGGAAGAAGACUUCAUGGAUGGAUUGCUGUCCAGUUUUGAGGAUGACAAAGAUAAUAUUCCUAAAGAUUUUGAUGCAGACACAAUUGUGAAAGCCACUUGCAUAGCUGUGCUAUUAGCUGCCACGGAUACAACUACGGUAACAUUAACAUGGGCAAUUUCUUUAGUUUUGAACAAUUAUAGUGUGUUGGAGAAGAUUCGAGUUGAGCUAGAUACUCUUGUUGGGAGGGAAAGGGAUGUCAACAAAUUCGACCUAAACAACUUGACUUAUCUUCAAGCGGUUGUGAAAGAAACUUUACGUUUAUAUCCUGCUGGUCCUCUUUUACUGCCUCAUGAAUCUAUUGAUGAUUGCAUGGUCGAUGGUUACCACAUCUCAAAGGGUGUACGCAUGUUGAUGAAUGUUUCUAAGAUUCAUCGAGAUCCAAGAUUUUGGUCGGAUCCUAAUGUGUUUAGGCAAGAGAGAUUCUUGAGUGAACACAAAGAUAUUGAUGUUAAGGGCAAUCACUUUGAGUUAAUUCCAUUUGGAAGCGGGAGGAGAAUGUAUCCUGGGAUUUCUUUAGCACUACAAAUUUUGGAGUUGGCCUUGGCUAGUCUAAUUCAUAACUUUAAUUUAAAUAGGAUUUCAGAUGAACCUAUUGACAUGACUGAGAGCGUUGGGCUGACAAUUAUGAAGAAAACUCCCCUCUAUGCUCUUCUUACCCCACGCCUAUCUUCACAUCUCUACCGUUGAGUUGCUUAAUUAUGGAAUCCAGAAGACAUGGAGUCAUAUACAAUAAUCACAGAACCUAUGAGCUACAGUGGUAGCUUAGCCUCUAUAUAUUAUUGCAUUUACCACUUUUCUUUUGCAGUAUGUUAGUGAUAAGAUUAUAGAAAAACUUCUAUCGAAUCCAGAUGUGAGGUCUUGGAAACAUGCAAGAGAUUUUCACCUUUUGUGGGCAAGAUUAUAUCAAAAUUGACCCACGCACUCAUUCGUUAUCUAUGCAUUUUAAAUUGAUAUGUAUAGGCUGUGUAUACCUUGUGAACCUUUAAUUAAUGUAUAUAUUGCAGUAUUGGUGUGUGAUCA